UCACAUCAUAUCAUACUCAUAGGCAACGCCUUCUUCACUCUUUCCAUAACAUCGCAUGUCUCCGUCCUCUCACAAUAAAAUCUCUAAUUUAAUUUCAUUUCCCAAAAAAAAUCAGAUCUUCCAUUAAAAAUUGAAUGUUGAAAUGUCGAUCAGUCGACAACUUCUCCUCUCUUCUUACUUCUUCAUCGUUUUCUUCAUCUUCUUCUCCGGCUUCGUAUCCUCUGCAACAUUAGCCCCAGAAGAAGUCGAAGCUUUAAAAAUCGUAGCGACGGCGUUGAAGAAGACUGAUUGGGAUUUCACGGUGGAUCCAUGCAACGAAACUUCAUCUGACGGCGGAUGGAGGACUCUUAACCAGCCUAAGGGAGCCGAAGACGCCGUUACUUGUAACUGCUCCUCCGGCACUUGCCACGUCACCAACAUAACUCUCAAGGGACAAGACCUUCAAGGAUCUCUUCCUACAGAUCUUUCAGGACUUCCUUUCUUGCAACAGAUUGAUCUGACUAGAAACUAUCUCAAGGGUUACAUUCCUCCCGAAUGGGGAUCCUCAUCACUUAUAGCCAUCUCACUACUUGGAAACCGGAUUACUGGUCCUAUCCCAAAAGAACUUGCAAACCUUACAAACCUUUAUAGUCUUGUCUUGGAAUACAACCAAAUCUCAGGGAACUUACCGCCACAGCUCGGAGAUCUUCCCAACCUUCAAAGACUGCUUCUUAGCUCAAACUACUUGACCGGGGAAAUCCCAAGUACAUUCGCCAGACUUACUACUUUGACUGAUUUUCGUAUUAGCGACAACCAGUUCACUGGUACUAUACCAGAUUUCAUCCAGAACUGGAAAGGACUUGAGAAACUGGUUAUUCAAGCAAGUGGUUUAGUUGGACCGAUCCCUAGUGCCAUUGGUCUUCUGGGAACCAUAAAAGACUUGAGAAUCACUGACUUGAGUGGACCUGAAUCUCCAUUUCCGCCAGUAACCAACAUGAAAUCGUUGAAGUAUUUGAUUCUUAGGAACUGCAACCUUACAGGACACUUACCUACGUAUCUUGGAGAGAGGAUAGCCGUAAAGAAUUUGGAUCUUAGCUUUAACAAACUGAGUGGACCAAUCCCCGAUUCAUAUGCCGCUCUUUCAAAUGUAGAUUACAUAUAUUUUACAAGUAACAUGUUAAACGGGGAAGUACCAAGUUGGAUGGUCGACAAAGGAGACACGAUUGAUCUUGCUUACAAUAACUUUUCCAAAGAUACCAGAACUGACGAAUGUCAAGAAAAAUCCGUGAAUACGUUUUCAAGCACAAGCCCUUUAGUGACAAAUAACUCCACAAAUGUUUUCUGUCUGAGUAAAUAUGUCUGUCCUAAAACUUUCUUCGGCCUUCAUAUAAACUGUGGUGGUAAUGAAAUAACAAGCGAUGGGAGUUUGUAUGAUGCUGACACAUUUGAUGUACCGGGUUUCUAUGAUAGUAAAAAUGGGUGGGUUAGUAGCAACACGGGAAACUUCUUGGAUGAUGAUCGGAGUAGCAAUUUGGCAACCCAAGUCAAAUGGACGAGGUCAUCAGAGCUUGAUAUAUCAGAUUCUAGCAUAGAUUUUAGGCUUUAUACGCAGGCGCGUCUCUCGGCCAUCUCCCUCACUUACAUGGCAUUGUGUCUUGGAGAAGGAAACUAUACGGUUAAUCUUCAUUUCGCUGAAAUUAUUUUCGAUGCAAACAAUUUGGGAAGAAGAUUCUUUGACAUAUACGUUCAGGGUAAACUUGUGGCGAAAGAUUUCAAUAUUGUUGAUGAGGCAGGUGUGGGAAAUACUGUGGUCAAGAACUUUCCGGUCACGAUUACAAAUGGGAAACUGGAAAUAAGAUUGCAGUGGGCUGGCAAAGGAACUCAAGCUAUUCCUGUGAGAGGUGUAUAUGGUCCUCUCAUAUCUGCUGUAUCGGUUGAUCCAGAUUUUGAUCCACCACAGGAAAAACCUGGCUCUGGAUCUGGUGGGGGAAGCUCUGUUGGUACUGUGGUUGGUAGUGUAAUUGCGUCGACCGUAUUUCUUGUGCUUUUAGUCGGAGGUAUAUUAUGGUGGAGAGGCUGCUUAAGACCUAAGAGUCAGAUGGAAAAAGAUUUCAAGAACUUAGAUUUCCAUAUCAGUGCGUUCUCGUUGAGGCAAAUCAAAGUUGCCACGGAUAACUUUGAUCCUGCAAACAAGAUCGGAGAAGGUGGUUUCGGUCCUGUACACAAGGGGAUAUUGAGUGACGGAACUGCAAUCGCGGUGAAGCAGCUAUCGGCGAAAUCAAAACAAGGGAAUCGGGAGUUCUUGAACGAGAUUGCUAUGAUUUCGGCUCUGCAGCAUCCCCAUUUGGUUAAACUAUACGGAUGUUGUGUCGAAGGUGAACAGCUUUUGCUUGUUUACGAGUACUUGGAAAACAACUGUCUAGCGCGAGCCCUUUUCGGUCCUCAAGAGACACAGAUAUCACUAAACUGGCCAACAAGGCAGAAGAUUUGUGUCGGGAUAGCGAGAGGAUUAGCUUAUCUCCACGAGGAAUCAAGACUCAAGAUCGUACACAGAGACAUCAAAGCCACUAAUGUCUUGCUGGAUAAGGAACUAAAUCCAAAGAUUUCGGAUUUUGGUCUUGCUAAGCUUGACGAAGAAGAAAACACACACAUCAGCACACGAGUCGCCGGAACAUACGGAUAUAUGGCUCCAGAAUACGCCAUGAGAGGCCACUUGACAGAUAAAGCCGACGUCUACAGUUUUGGCAUUGUUGCUCUUGAAAUAGUUCAUGGAAAGAGCAACACGAGCUCACGAUCCAAAGCCGAGAUCUUCUACCUUCUUGACUGGGUGCACGUUCUAAGAAAGCAAAACAAUCUGGUGGAAGUAAUAGAUCCAAGGCUAGGAACAAGUUACAACAGACAAGAAGCAAUGACGAUGAUUCAGAUAGGGAUGCUAUGCACCAGUCCAGCUCCGGCUGAUAGACCUUCCAUGUCGACUGUGGUGAGUAUGCUUGAAGGCCAUUCAACGGUGAAUGUUGAGAAGCUUCUUGAAGCUUCUGUCAACAAAGGAAGUGAAAAUGACGAAGAGAGCGAGAGAGCGAUGAAGAAGCAUUACGCCAUGAUAGGUGAGGAGGAGAUAACGAACACGACAACUACCGACACCAGCGAUCUUUACCCUGUGAAGCUUGAUUCUGCUUCCUGGAACACCAGAAAUUAGUUAUGGAUUCUGUUUUUUAUUUUCCCAAAAAAAAAAAAGGAAAAUAUGGAGUAAGUUGUUAUGACGUUUUGUAUUUUACUUUUUGUAAAGAUUAUUUUCAUAUA